AUGAAUGCAGAAGCGACCCCCAAGAAGCAGAAGCUGGCGGUGUGUGCGCCUGUCAAGGCUUUGGUCAAGUCAUGCACGUCCAAGGCCGGCCCGACUGCCCUCAUGGACCAGCUGUGCAGCGAGCUGCUGGCACCCGCCAACGCUACGGCCGACAGCAAGGACCCCACCAAGCUGCGCUACGGCUGUGGUGUGGCGACCGCCGCACAAGUCAACAAGGUGUCCAGUGACUUGGCAGCUCUCGAGCCCAAGGUCACCGCCGCCGCCGCCCAGGCCAACUCCCUGCAGGCCACCUUUGUCCAGGGAAGCAACCAGACAGCGGCGCUGCGCGCCCAGGUGGACGAACUCAAAGCGACGAUUGCAGCGCUCACCGCCGGCGUGCAAAAGCUGCAGGCAAAUGCGGCCAACGCCACCAACCUGGGCCCCAUCACUGAGGAGCUCGCCGCUCUUGCAGCGGCCGACACACGCACCGCCCAGAAGCUGGCCCUGCUGGAGGCGGCAAACCAGACCGCGGCCCAGGAUAUUGCGGCGCUCAAGUCAACUUCGCAGCAGUGCGCCUGCGGCUCUGAGCUGUCGGCUGUCAACACCUCCCUGGCCGCCAUCCAGUCGGUCCAGGCGGCGAAUGCUGCGGCUGUCUCCCUGGCCAACACCACCGUGGAGUCCCUGAAGGCCACAGUCACCACAGGCGCGGCAGCCAUUGCGUCGGUCAACACCAGCCUCGCCACCCUGGCAGCCACCGUGGCCAACGUGUCUGCCAUUGACUUGAGUGUCUACGCGAAAACUGCGGACCUGGCCAGCCUCAACGCAGUCAGCCUGGGGGGCGUGCCUGCCGCACAGUACCUGCGCUCGCGGGUGGUGAUCUACGUUGAAUCUUCGACAACCAGGGGUGGAUCCCUAGCUGGCCGGUCUGGCCAGGUGUAA